AUGCGAUUCCAAUUAUUUGUCAUUAUAUUUGUGCACGUCAUUGAUGCAUAUUAUUUACACAUCACAAAAUUACGCCCAAAUUGUGCCGAUAUAGUGGAAUCACCUAACUUCGAUUUUGUCCAUUCUGCAAUACAUCAGUGUGACUUACAACCUUCAUGUACCUACGUGAUCAAAGAUUCAACUAAUGGAAUCUCCCUUUGUAGAUCAUUUUCUCUUGGCGACUUGGCCAAUGAUGUUUCAGCACAGAUAUUUAUCAAACCUAGCAUUCUAUACGGUGUAACUGGCAAGAAAUUUUCACACAUAAUGAAUCAUCAGGGAAUUUGUGAAGGAAAUGAAUUGAUAGGAGAGGAAUUCUCAGUAGGUUCAUUGGAAGAUGCUUGUGUAAAAUGUAAAAUGAUGAAUUGCGAUUAUUUUACGUUAUCAACUGUGUCUGGACUUAAUGGUAGCAAGGAAUUUCGUAACCACGGCUGGUUUUGUAGAGGCUUUCCUAAAUGUAUUCCACAAGAUGGAUUUAUUACUUCAAUAGACAAACAAUUAUACGAUGAUAAGAUAAUGAAAUUGACGCAUAAUGGACCACUAAGCUCUUAA